CAACGGACCGUUCAGGUGCCUCUCGGCCGGGCGGCAGGAUGAAGGCUGGAAAGAGCGAGCGGGAGCGAAGCGGCCGGCGGCGACACCGGACGGACGAUGCUUUGGCGAACGUGGUGGUGAAGCAGGAGCCUCUGAGCCCCGAACCCGUGACGCACCGCCGGCCAGACGCCGCAGCUGCCAGCCCGUCCCCGCCCGUCGCCGAGCCGAGCCGCGCCGGCCACCGCGGGAGCCGAGCCCGAGGAGCGAGCCGGUCCCCAGCCAAAAAGAAAAGCAAGUCCUCAGGGAGAAGAAGCAAGUCUCCUCGGAUUAAGAGAAGCCGGAGUCCCCACUACUCCAUGGUCAAAGUGAAGCAGGAACGUGAGGACCAUCCACGGAGAGGGCGAGAGGAUCGGCAGCACCGGGAGCCAUCAGAACAGGAGCACAGGAGAGCGCGGAACAUGGAGCGCGACCGGCACUGGGGCCAUUUCCGCCAGAGGAGGAGCUCCGAUGAGAGGCCUGUCAGUGGGCAGGGUCGGGAUCGAGACAGCCAGAAUCUGCAGGCCCAGGAAGAAGAGAGAGACUUUUAUAACGCCAGGCGCCGGGAGCAUCGCCAGCAGAAUGAAGGUGCUGGCGGUGAGGCUCAGGAGGUGAUCCCUCGCCCCGCUGGUAACAGAAGCAAAGAGGUGCCUGUUAAAGAAAAACCGAACUUUGAACUUUCUGGAGCACUUCUUGAGGAUACCAAUACCUUCCGGGGUGUGGUUAUUAAAUACAGUGAGCCCCCAGAAGCUCGGAUUCCCAAAAAACGGUGGCGUCUCUACCCAUUUAAAAAUGAUGAGGUGCUUCCAGUCAUGUACAUCCAUCGGCAGAGUGCUUACCUUCUGGGUCGACAUCGCCGCAUUGCUGACAUUCCCAUUGACCACCCCUCCUGCUCAAAGCAGCAUGCAGUCUUCCAGUACCGGCUUGUUGAGUACACCCGUGCUGAUGGCACAGUUGGUCGGAGAGUGAAGCCCUACAUCAUUGACCUCGGCUCUGGCAACGGAACGUUCUUGAACAACAAGCGUAUUGAGCCACAGAGAUACUAUGAACUGAGAGAAAAAGACGUACUUAAAUUUGGGUUCAGUAGCAGAGAAUAUGUCUUGCUCCACGAGUCUUCAGACACCUCUGAACUAGACAGGAAGGAGGAUGAAGAUGACGAGGAGGAGGAAAUGGUGUCUGACAGCUAGCAGCUGAGAAGCAGCCUCCGCUGUUAGAAAGCGUUCCUACCGGAGGCUGUGGAGGUGACUGCAGCGCCUCUUCUUGCCUUAAGCCUUUCUCUGUUGCUGCCCGGCUUGUGUUGCAGUGUGAGAACUCGCACUUGGUGUUUUGUUGAACUUGGCACAGCAGCCGCCUGCCUGUGGGCGCUUGUUUUCUGAGCAAUCUCACCAAUUACAGCAUGUUGAGUUAAGUGUGUGGCUGUAGUGGGUGCCUUCAGAACUGCUGCACAGAAAACAGCCCUUGGGAAAGGGAUUGUGGCUUCUUCUCUUUGUACAGGUUCUUAUUUAUGUAGUUGUUGAGCUUUGUGGACCAGGAGUUUUGUUUUGGGGACAAACCCUAGAGCAGAGAAUCUUAGUAAGCUUUGGUUGUCACCAAAACAACCUCCAGCAUAUACCAAAGCUUUGACCUGGUUCAGCUCUUGAGUCAUAGCAGUUGAUUUUGCACUUCAUUUUUGGGGAUUGACAGUUUACCACGUGACCUCAUUAUUGACUGUCUGCGCUCAACAGACACCCUGCGGCGCCUGUGUAGACAUGACCGUGGAGAGAGGUCAUGGCUUCUGCCAACGGGUGCUGGUGUCAUACCAUGCACUGGGUUGUGGAUCUGCGUCCUGGGAGGAUUCCUGAUUUCCCACGAAACACAGACGUAGCAGUGUGCUCAUCUGGUCUUUUUCUUUAGCUUUGCAUUUUUAUUCAGAUGUUACCUCUCUUCUCCCUUUGAGAAAUACACUGACACUGGCUUUGUAGCAGGAGCCCUACUUUGGCCUAGGGACUUGUGUAUGUGUCUAAAGGGCGUUGUGUAGCUUCCAUAUUUCUGUUUCGUCUUUGACCAUGUGUUUGUAUUUAUCUCCCAAGGGUGGAAAGCAAGGGACAGCCCAGUUUCUGAACUUCCCACCUGGGGUCUGUGUAAGUAGAAAGAUACUCAUUACUUACAGUAUGUCUGCUUCUAAGUGGUUUUUAGAAGUGUUUCAGAGCUAUGUGCUGAUUUUCAUAUGACAGUGUUUUGUGAUAUAAAUAAUACCACAUGAUAGGCAAAGGCCUGUGUGCAUUUGGAGAGCAGGUUUUCAUUUAUAUGUAUUUUUGAGAUUAAAAAAAUAAAAUUUGUAAAUAUAGCCCCAUUUUAGAGGGUAGUACUUUUCUCAUAAAGGACUUAUGUUCAUAUGUAUGUUCACUCCUAAAGGAAUCUUUGUUUUGAGGUAAAUGUAGUGUGUGUGUAUAGAAUUGUAGGGAAGAGACCUGGAAGUGCGGAGGACAGGAACCUCCUACCUCAGUAACAAGGGCAUGGGUCAGUGGACUCAACAGUGUAUCAUUGAUCUGUCAGGGAAGGUUUUGUGUGGAUGUCCCUUCACAUGGUGCAGACAGAUCAGGACCACUUCAUCCUCAGGUGGUGAUGAGGGCAGCGACACAGAGGGAGGUGACACCGCUCAACCCUGGUACUCUGAACUUCCUCCUGGGGUUAGGAGCUAGGAUCUGAGAAGCAGACUGUCUUUGUGUAGUCAUGGCCUCACUCUUGGGAGCAGAGGCUGGCUAAUGCGGGAGGUUGGGGUAGGGACAGCUCAAGAAUGUGUGUUCAGAAGAGUACCUGCUGUGUCCAGAAAGCAGUUGUACUUGGGAUAUUUUUCUCAAUCCAGACAAGGUUUUCUGUCAGGGAUUCCACAAUAAUCUGUCAUCCUACUUCAGGACCUCCGUGUCCAGUGACAGCUUGUGGAUUUGCUUUCUUGAUAAACAUUGUAGAAUGUAACUGCUUUGUGUACAUUUUUUUAGUAAAGAGGUCCCAGGAGCCAGAAGUGGUGACUCAUGCCUGUAACCGGUCCCUGGAGAGGCUGAGGCAAGAGGAUUGCUGCAAAUGUUAGGGGACAUGGAAUGUGAGGCAGCCUGGUCUACACAGUGAAACUUUCAUCUCAACAACAGAAAUGUCCCAAUUCUACUGACUGAAUGUUUGCUUUAGUGGAGCAGUGGUAUCCUCGGUUAAGAACUUGUCUUUUUCUUUUCUUCUUGGAGAUUUGUUCAUCUUGGCUAUUUGCAAAGCCUUCAAUGUCUCUCCUUGCCCUGAUGAGGUAUAGCUGUGUGCAAAAUAGCUCUUUGCUGCCGAGCUUCUGCACCAAGUUCUUCUUAGUGGUUCCUAGUCCUGCAGGGGUGUGGAAAAGUCUUUAUUGGGCCAGUGAGAUGGCUCAGCUAGUAAAGGUACUUGUCACCAGGCUUGAUGACCUGAAUCUGAUCACCAGAACCCACAUGGUGGAAGGUCAGUCAGCUCCCACAGCUGACCUCAGAUCUCCCAUCUGUGCACACAAGACAAAUACUGUAAAGUCCUCACUAGUCCUCUCACCAGAAAUUGUUUCCUUGUUCCAACAUUAUCAAAGAUAGCUCAUUGAGUACAAACACUGAUGUUCUUUCAGGUACUUGUACUAUGUGUUUUGGUGGUACAUGGACAGUAGGAACAAUCAGUUCAGGUAAUGGUAUUUGAAACGUGCUAUAGCUGAGGUUGGCCUGGAAUUUACCUUGUAGUCCAGUCAGUCCUCAAACAAUUGGCAAUCUUGUCUCAGUAAGUUUCUCCCUGUCCCCUAACACUCCCAGGUCUUCACUGUGGUCUUCUAGAACCAAUCUGAGCCCCCAAAGUAGCUGGCCCCAGAAACCAGCAACGUCAACAGGUCCUGUAUUUUAUGCAGACACCUGGGAGCCCAUGAAUGCAAGCUCUGCUUGAUGCUGCACAGUGAGGACAGCUGCGUGGCCAAGGAAAGAAACAUCAGACCAACUUGGCCCUGCUGGUUGCCAAGGAGGUUUGCACCCUAGGUCAAACCCUGAGACUACGGAGAGCAUCCUGUCACACAACUGCUUCACCUUCGCCUAGAAGCAGAGGAUGGAGGACCAUGGAGCCAAGCCCUAAAAGACCACACUUGGCUGGGAGAUUGACAAGGCCAAGAACAAGUCCUAAACCCACUUGGACCUUCAAGACUAAGCAGUUCUUCCUCCAGCGUCACAUAAACGUGGAGACGCCCCUACCUCACCUGUGUCAAGCAGUCUCCUCUUGAUCAUAAACUGCUGGUUGCCUUGCUCCUAAACCCACCUCCCUACCCUGUCCAGUAGCCUUUUCCUGCCAUUUCUGCAUCUUUCUUCACCACCCUGGGCCUUCUCAAAUGCUGCCAUUGGUUCUAAGUACCAAGAGUUCCAUCCAUCAGACCCCAGAGUCUUCCCACCAGUCCUAGGUAUUCACCCUCUCUCAUGAGCUGGGUUCCACAGCCAGGCUCCAGGAGUGCAGUCCACUCAUGCCUCAGGGGUUGUUCCCUCCUGACCCUGGAUUUCAUCUGCAGUUGCUAGGGAUACAUUCACAGUCUGCUGGGGUUCACCCCUUGAAUCCCAGGCUGGACCUAGCUCCAUGUGUCCCAGGCUAAGGCCUCCACUUCCUAGAAACAUUCUCCCCCAGCAGUCCUGGCUAUAUGCUAUGUUUUUCUAUGGCCAGUCCUCAGAACGUUUUGUAUUUUGUCUUGUCCUGUACCCAUUAGCAACCUCCCCAGUGUGUAAGUCUAAUUUAAGAUGGCUGGGGAUUAGUUUAUCAGUGGAAUGCUUGCCUGGUAUGAGUUCAAUUUCUAGCACUGAAGAUUUAAAAGAAGAAAAGAUAGGUAUGGUGGUCACAGCUUUUAUUAUUAGUACUUGGGAGGCAGAGGCAGGCAGAUGUGUGAGUUAGAGGUCAGACCGAGGAGUUUGAGGCCAGCCAGGGCUACAGAGUAAGACCCUGUCUCAAGUGAAAAUUGCGAAAAUAUAGUUUACAAAGUGACACAGUUGAGGUCAUUUACUGAAAAGCUGGAGUGACUGUCAGUUGAACACAGCAUGCUAGUAGUUGGUUUGCAACUGUGAGUCAGACACAGCAAUACUUAAGCAGGACUGUCCUGGAAUGGGUGAUGUUUGAGGAGUGUCUUAAAGCAGAGGUAGACUCUGAACUAGUAAGUAGGUGAGGGCCCCUUGUACCAGUGGGACAGCUGAGGAAGCAGUGGGACUGCAGAGAGGUGCAUGGGAAGAGUGUAAGCCAUGCUCGGAAGUGCCACUGUGGUAAGUGGCAAUGAGGUCACACAGUCGCCUACAGAGCAUGAUGGACAGAGUGGAGGAGGGAAAAGAAUUGAGUAGGCCGCUCCCAUCACUAGAGUCACAGAAUCACACUGGGUGGGACAGAGAAGGCUCAGGCGAAUCUUUGUCUCAGUAAUAAUAGCAGCAGUAAUAGUAUAGCACUUGCUUUGCAAGCAUGAGAACCUGAAUUUGGGCCCCAACCCCCAUGUGGAAACCAAGCACAGGAGCAUUUGUAAUCCCAGUGUUAGGGAUGUAGAGGCAGGUGGGUCCUUGCAAUUCAGUGCCCAGCCAGUGUCUGUCAGUUAAACUUCAGGUUCGGUGACUAUCGAACAAUAAGGUGGGGAGUGAUAAAGACACACAAAUGUGGACACCCCUGUUGUGUGACAAAACUUUACCUGAGGAGAUGAAACACAUCCACUCACCCCAAACAGGGGUCCCACAGCAAACCUAAGUACGAAUAGCACCAAGUCCAACUUGGUGAACCAAUGAAUUUUAUUGGGGUUACAAGAGCAGAAAUGACUCAGAUGCAUCACUAAAACCCGCCCCAACAUGGGUGACAGUUCAAAAAGGCUGGGAACCUGGAGCACGCUGCACACCCUACUGACAGCUCAGCAGGUUGGAGAGAGCCCUUUCCAGGUGCCUCAGUUGCUUUUAAACCCCUUCUAGGCAGCUGGUCUGGGCUCAGUCUCUGCAGCUCAGCCUCCCUUCCUCCCAGAGGGGCUCUAGGCUUUUGUUUACUCUGGCAGGGAGGGCCAAGGGAGUCUGCUGAGUUUCAGGGCCUUCCUAAAGCUACUUUGAUUUGUUUGCCUUUCUGCUUGAGCGUUCCAGAAGGAUGGAAUGUUUCAGAGAGCCUUAAUACCCCCCCCCCAAAAGUCAGUAUAUUAGAGCAUGCUCUAGGAAAAUGAAAUUCUAAGCACUUUAGAUAUGUACUAGAUCAUACCAGAACUCUGUCCUCAGUUAAGCAGGAUUUGGCUUUUGCAAAUGAGAAAGCUGAAGCACAAAACGGUGAAAGUAACAAUUUUUAUGUCUUUUGCCUGCAUUUAUGUCUGUAUCCUGUGUACACAUGGUACCCAUGGAGGCCAGAAUACUGUGUCAGAUAACACCUGAAAUGGAGUUACAGACAAUUGUGAACCACCAUGUGGGUUGUUGGAAUCUUAACUCAGGUCCUCUGCAAGAACCACAGCACUCUUAACUGCUAAACCAUCUUUCCAGUUCCGUAUACCAUGUUCUUUUUAAUUAAAAGUAAUUUUGUGUGUA